UUUGUCAAAUCUCCGCAAGAACUAAGAUUUAUCGACCAAAUCGAUAAAAAACAAUGGAAAAUUAGUGUUGAUUUUCCUGAUACAAAAGGCUUUUCUGACAAUAGUUUUUAAGUUUAAAAAAGAUUUCAAAAUAGGCGUAAAAAUGUGGCGGUUCGUCCUUUUAUUGGUUGCAGUUGUGCUAUUUGUUAAUGGUGAACCAAUUGAGAAACCUUCACAAACAUCGACACAAGUACAAGGAGUCAAACGAGACAAAACGGAUCCAUUAGCUGAUGCAGAGCAAGCAGCAGGGCAAGCGGUUCUCCAACUUUUGGAUGCCAAAAUAGGAAAAAAAGUUCAAGAUGCUGCCAAAGAGGUGACCGACUUUCUCACAACAGCUAUAGGAAGCCAUUCGAAUGCAAGAGCGGAUUCAAUCCGUCAAGACAAGCAAAAAGAAAUGUCUCUUUUGCAUCUGGGUACUAUGCACACUAUCCAAAAGCAUGUCAAAAAGACCGAAGACAAGCCGCAGUUACAGAAAAAGAAGGAUGGAUCUUUUCUUGUUCACUUCAAAAUUCCUUACAUAGUAACACCAUUAGACAAGAAGAAGAAGAAGCAAAGUCAUCAUAGUCCAAAACAUCACGCACAUCAUAUUCACCACAUAAAACAUAAAACAACACAAGAUAAACCACCACCAAUAGAAGUCGGCAGAAAACCUUAUCACCCAGUAUACCACCACGCUGCUACAAUCGCUCCUAACCCUUACUCCCAAUCAACUGGAGCAGGCUACACAACCGGUUAUGGUUCAACUCAUGCUGCAACAAUGGCUCCUGCAACACCUGCAGCAACAGCAGCGGGGAUGACACCUUGUCAAGGCUCGUGCACGGCCCCCUGCUCUCCACAGUGUUCAGCAGCCACUGAUUGCUGUUGUUGUUCUGAUCCAAAUGCGGCCAUGGCACCACCAGCAAUGCCCAUGUCUAUGCCACCACCUCCCCCACCCAUGCUUACCAACCCUAACCAGCCUCCACUGACGGCGCAACAGUUUUCUCAGCUUCCUCUUCUUCCUGGAUCUCCAAUACCACCAGGGGCGUGUCCUCAAAUUUGUAAGCGUCAUUGCAUUGCUAAAUGCCCCAAUGAAUGCUGCGGUGCAGGGAAACGAAAUAAGGUGGAGAAGCCAAGUAAGUCGAAACCAGUGAAAAUUGAGAAAUCUAAACAAGAAACCAAACCAGAAGAAAAAACGGAAAAAGAUGACAAUGAAGAUGAUCAAGAAACUUCGCAGGAUCAGCGGGAUGAGGGGUCAGCUAAUGAGGCCGCUGCGGACGAGGACAGCGUUGAAUAGAGUAAUGUUCUAAAUUGACAACUACUUCUUAUAAAACAACAGCACAAUCUCUAAGAAAACAGAUGAAAUCCUAUUGUUAUUCUUAUCUGGCGAUGAAGAGCUAGAAAUAGAAUUUCCAUGACCAUUACUCAAAUAAAGAAGUAGCUCUAAAGGAGAUUUUCACCAAAAAUGAACAUAAAGGUAGAAUGGGCAUAGGAUCCGUGAAAAUAAGAUGCUUUCUUUUAACAUAUUCUAUAGGAAUUACAUAGCACAUUAUUAGCAACUGACAAUCUUAUAUGUUAGUGUUAGUUAAGCAUUGUAAAUAUGUCAAUAUGUAUAUGCUAUAAAGAGAUUUAAUGACCUAUAUAUAUCUUGCAGUAUAAAAACAAGAAACUAACAGAGGCUCGCAAUAAUCCAAUGUACAUUUUGCUAUUAUGUGACAAAAUUCGUAAUAGGAUUUUGUGGUUAAGUCUGUAAAAAUAUGUAUAUAUGCACAUAGGGGUUUAAAAGAUCUUGAAAUGGUUUGCUUCGUCCUUCACGUAAAAAAUGCCAAAUAAGAAUCUUUAUAGAACCAGCUAUUUUUCUCGCUAUGCAAACGUACUCAAUUGUCGUUAACUAAUAUGAAAGAACACUUUCGAAAGCUACUUCAAAUGUAAUAUAAACUCGUAACUUUGUUUAUUAAAAACGAUGACAAUACUGUA